AGAGGAUCUCGGUUCAAGCCCGGGGUUCGUUACUUUUUCGUUGCACUCUGUACCCGUAACAAGAUUAAGAGAGUUAGAGAUCUCUAAAAGUUUAUGAGUGUUUAUUAGGAGGAGUGUCAUCGCAAAUUCGCAAUGCUAAGAAAAUCCUAAAAACUUACAGAAAGUUAUUGGCCGCAUGGCGGUGCUGUGAUUCGUAAGUUUCUAUAACGUCAUUCCCGCGCAUGCGUAGAUGCUUCUAACUGGGAAAAUAAAUUUUACUAUAAAAAUAAAUAAUCUCCGAUGUCCAACUUCAAAGAAUAAAUAAUUAGAAACAAGAAUACGCAAACACAUGAUUUAUUAGAAUUUUCUUUACGUAAUCAAUAUACCGAAUCGAAUUUAUCGGUUAUUGAUAUUGAUAUUUUUUCUUGGCGCUAAGUUCACUAGCCUGCCAACUUUUACAUGCUACUAGCUACAUCAUGCGUGUAUAUAAUGUACACAAUGUACAAGAUCUGUGUUUGAUUUGUCGACGACUUCAACGAUAAUUUUACUAUUCUAUAAAAUGACUAUAAACUGACUAAUGGCGCAUCUCGGCUAUCACGCACUUGCGAAGAAACGCAGUUUUAAAAACAGCUGAAAAAACGAUAAACUUUUGUAAUGUAUCCUUUAGUUUCUACGAAGACAAUGACAACUUUGAACUUUGUUGCAACAAAACGUUUUUAUUAUCAAAAACUGGAUUUUGGUGGUUUAGCUGUACUAUGUACAGGCACAAUUAAAUCAAGAUAUUCUACAAAAAUUAAAAAUUGUGAAUUUUUAUUCAAAUCUGUCAAAAAAAAUCAGCACUUACAAUUUUUUCAUCAUGGAUCAACACAGUAUGGUCAUGAAUCAUCGUCAAAAGUUGAGGAAACAGUUAAAAGUUUUAAAGAAGAGAAACAAAAACAAAAACUAGAUAAUAUUCAAAUAUCUGACAUUGUUCAAUCUUCUGACAAAGCAAUAGAGAAGAAACGAACUCUAUGGCAAAAAGUUAAAGCAGAACUUCUACAUUAUUACCAUGGCUUUAGGUUAUUGGGCUUGGACAUGAAAGUAUCAGCUAAGCUUGUUUGGAGAAUUCUUCAAGGCUACGAGUUAAGUAGAAGGGAACAUAGAUUGCUGAUUAAAACUACAGGCGACGUGUUUAGGUUAAUCCCAUUCUCUGUCUUUGUAAUUGUUCCAUUUAUGGAAUUUUUACUUCCACUCGCCGUUAAACUUUUUCCUGGACUAUUGCCAUCUACUUUUCAAACUGCCAUCGAAAAAGAAGAUAAACUUAAGCAAGCUUUAAAAGUAAAAAUAGAAAUGGCUAAAUUUUUGCAAAAAACAUUAGACGAAAUGUCUGUUCAGUCAUCAGAUCAUCGCUCUGAAAAAGCCAAAGAAUUUGCCGAAUUUUUCUAUAAACUUCGAACCACAGGAACCAUAGCAACUAAUGACGAAAUAAUGAAAUUUAGUAAACUUUUUGAAGAUGAAAUAACGUUAGAUGCUCUUUCUCGGCAGCAACUAAUCGCACUUUGUAGAGUUUUAGAUAUUCAAACAUUAGGAACAACUAAUUUUUUAAGAUUUUUAUUACGAAUGAAAUUAAGAAGUCUUGCAGCAGAUGAUCGACUUAUCGAGAAGGAAGGUAUUGAUACUUUAACUCGAACAGAAUUGCAACAAGCUUGUAGAGCUCGAGGCAUGCGAGCCUACGGUAUGUCAGAAUUAAAAUUAAGAGAACAGCUUUCCCAAUGGCUUGAUCUUAGUUUAACAAAGAAAGUGCCUCCAACAUUAUUACUUUUAUCUAGAGCUUUAAUGGUUCCAGACACUGUUUCUAUGCCCGAUAAGUUAAAGGCUACUAUUUCAGCUCUUCCGGAUUCUGUUGUUACAAGAACAAAAGGAGCCAUAGGGGAAAAGGAAGGAAAGAUAGACCAUAAGACUAACAUUGAGAUCAUCAAAAUAGAAGAAAAGAUAAUUGAAGAAGAACGACAAGAACAGAAAAAUAUUAGACAGCAAGAACUUACUAAUGUUCACCAGAAACCCCAACCACUUUUACUAAAGACUUUUUCAAAUGAUGAUGAAAUAACGAAAACUGAUGUCAAGGUACUGGAACAAGCUUUAGAUUCAAUUGGCAAGGAUAAAAAGAAAAUGUCCGUAGAAAAAGAAGAAAUCAAGGAAUUAAAAGAAGAAAUGGCUGAAUAUCAAGAAGAUAUACAAGAACUGCAUCAAUUAAAAGCAGAAGCUUCAGGUUUAGCGGACAUAGAAAAAAUUAAAGUUUCCAAGGGCGCUAACAGACUUUUUAAUAAAGUUAAUAGGAUGAUAAAUAAAAUGGAUGCAGUUUUGAUAGAACUAGAGCAGUCUGAAAAAAGAAUCAAAGAAGAAAUGAAUACGCUGUACAGUGAGAAAAAAGAUAAAUCCCAUGUCGCUGCCGAACUUGUUAAAAUUGAUGAAUUAAUUGCUGCAAUUAAACAAAUUCAAAAUGUUCCCGAUAAUCGACGAUUAUCGAGGAUAACAGAAAUUUUAGGAAAAAUCGACGAUGAUCGAGAUGGUGCAAUAAAAAUUGAAGAUGUUCUAAAGGUUGUUGAGUUAAUUGGUAAAGAAGAUAUCAAAUUAAAUAAAAAGCAAUUAAAUGAAUUGAUUGAACUUAUGGAAAAAGAAGAAGUACUCGAAGUAGAAGAUCAAAUUCAAAAAGCCCUAACAAAAGAAAACAAAGUUUUCGAAGAAGAUAAAAUAGAAGACAUAUUUGAAUCUUUUAAAAAUACCUCGACGAGUACAGUUCCGGCAUCAAUGACAAAAAAAGAAGACAAUUUCAAGGAUAAAGAAAUUAAAAAUAAUCCUAAUGAAAACAAAAAUCACGUCCAGUCAUCGCUUCUAAAAAAUACUAAUACCAUUCAUGACAAUUCCUUAUCUCCAAAUACAACACCAACACCGCAGAAAAUAAAAGGAUCCAAACAAUUAUAAUUUAUUUUAAAAAAUAUUUUACUCAUCCAAUUUCAGUCCUUCUUUAUAAAUUUACAUGAAUUUUGCAAUCAAUACAAAUGGUGAUUAUGUAUUGAGUACUAACUUAUCUUUACAAAUUUAUUUUAGUAAAUUUCGCAUUAAAAUUUAUAUGUAUAAAAAUAAAUUAUAAUUAUAAAAUACUUGUGGCAUUUAAAAAAAUCUUUAGAAAGAGGAAUAGCUUAUUUUGCACCGAAGGUAAAAAGUCGGCUGUACGCUUUCUGUAUUUAUUUAUAUGAAAUGAUAAUUAUAAAUGAAAAAUAUAGAAUAAUUUUUGUAUUAUGAAAAUAAAGGUAAGCCGUCACGGGACGGUUGGAGAUGUAAAACAUCUAAA